CAUCCGUUCAUGCGCACUAGGAUUGACCUACACAGUUGCAGGAGAAAAUGGCAGCAGCCAGGCUUGGGCAGCAGGUGCGUCAUUUCAGCUCCACGGUGAGCAGACCAGUGGCCAAGCUGGUCAAGCCUCCCAUUCAGGUGUAUGGAGUGGAGGGCCGCUACGCCACUGCCCUAUACUCGGCUGCCAGCAAGCAGAAGAAGCUCGAUCAAGUGGAGAAGGAGCUAGCCCGUGUCUCUGGCCUGAUCGCUGACCCUAAGCUGUCCGGCAUCGUGAUGAACCCGCACGUAAAGCGGAGCAUCAAGCAGAAGACCUUCAACGACGCUCUCACCAAGGAGAAGCUCUCCCCCAUCACCAUCAACCUCAUCAAUGUUCUGGCCGAAAACGGCCGUCUGACCCUGACCCCUGAUGUCAUCUCCGCAUUCGCCAAGAUGAUGAGUGCCCAUCGGGGAGAGGUCAUCUGCUCUGUCACUACCGCCCAGGCUUUAGAUGAGGCCAACCUGGCGGAGCUGAAAACAGCCCUGAACGGCUUCCUGCAGAAGGGAGAGACACUCAAGCUGGAGACCAAGCUGGACCCCUCCAUCCUGGGUGGCAUGAUCGUCAGCAUCGGGGACAAAUACGUGGACAUGUCCACCAAGUCCAAGAUCCAGAAGCUGACCAAAAUCAUCAGGGAGACAUAAGUCCUGUGGACUUAUCAUAGUGGAGGAGGGGAUCACGAUUGUUAAUAGCAGCCUGGCCAUUGAUCGGUAUCGUUAUUAAACGCCUGUACCUGUUGUUGUGUUCAUAAUAAAUAUUCUGUAACAUAGA